AUGGGGCAGACCACUUCUGCUCCAGCCCAUGCCGAAUCAGUUGGUCUUCCCCACCGUGGGCUGCCCUUGCGGGCAGCUGGAAACGGGGACACCAGGAUUUGUUCCCAAGCUGAGUAUCCCAGGGUCCCUCCCACUUGCUCCCAGCUCUGCUGGGCAAGGGCUGGCAGUGCCCCAUGGCUGGGAGGGCAGGGGAGACAUCGCAGCUGUUUAACCAUUAAACCUGGGGCGUCUUGGAAGAGGCGGGGACACUGGCUUCCCUGCCACUUCACCCUGUACCUUGCUCCCUCUUGCAUUCCCUGCAGCCAUGAAGCAAACAAAAGGUAUGUGCCAGGGCAGUGGGGCAUCCUCCUGUGGAGACCCUUCCCCACACGCGUGUCUCCAUGCUGUGCUUCUGCAUGGAGCAAGGCAAUGUCAGAGCCCAGGCAGGCCAUGGAAAGGAGCUAGAGGCAUCCAGGAAAAUGCAGGUGGACAUUGUGGGGGCACUUGGCAGGAAUCCCCUCUCCUUGGGUUUGCCAAUCCUUGUGCUGGAAGAGGUGGGGAGGGGUUUUAUGGGGAGGUGCACAGGGGAAGGCCUCCAUCUCCUGGCUUCAGCCAUCUCUAGGGCCCUGGUGACCCUUCUUAUCCCUCACUCAAAAGCCCUGUAAACCCCCAGGACUAACCUCCAUCUGCAUACUGCUGCCUGGCCCUACUUUACCCCUGGUGCUGUAGGACCCCACUGGGCUGGGAAGCAGGUGCUCGUUGGACCCAAGCAGCAGGUGUCCUGCUGCUUUGAAAUGCAAUAGGACAUUGGUGGUGGGGCCAAGGGCUGAGCUGUGCCCAGGCACAGGCUGUAGCCAGGGGGCAGAGGGGCCAGGGGGACUGCAUGUACUCAGCAAACCCACCUUGCCUGGUGUGGCAUGCUCGGCCAGCGAAUGGACAAGCCUUGAGUGCUCGAGAGUGUGGGGUCUGCUCCCAGCCUGCCUCCUGCACUGACCUCUCUUCUCCCUCUGCAGGGCUCAAGGGCGAAAAGAAGUCCAUCAUAAAAUUUGAAUUUAACCCCAAAGACGGUAUUGACAACCCUGCCUUGUCGCUGGCGGAGGACACGGAUGGCAAGCGUAUGGGGGAGCCCCGCUUCUACCUCCUGAACAAGGGCAGUGCGGAGACCUUUGGCUUCUGCCUCCAUGAGGAGCUGGGCUGCCAGGGCCACAUCAUCCGGCAGAUCGAGGUGGGGGGGCUGGCCCAGCGCAGGGGACUGCAGGAUGGGGACCGGCUCCUCCAGGUCAAUGGCCACUUCGUGGACCACAUGGACCACAACAGGGUGGUGCAGAAGAUCAAGGCCAGCGGGAACCAGGUUCUACUGGUGGUGCUGGAUGGUGACUCCUACGAAGCAGCCAAAGCCCUGGGCAGGGACCUGUCCCAGAUGCUGCCAGCUGACAUCCGCCCACGCCUCUGCCACAUAAUGCGGGACAAAAGUGGUUUUGGCUUCAGUGUGUCAGGUCCAGAAGGUGUGAAGGGCACCUUCCAGCUGUCGGUGCAGCAGGAUGGGCCAGCGGAGAGAGCAGGGGUGCCGCCAGGGUCCUGGCUCCUGGAGCUGAAUGGUGCCAGUGUGAGGAGCUACUCGCACGCGCAGCUUGCCCGAAAGCUUAAGCAGAGUGGCAGCAAGGUGACACUGCUGGUGGCAUCCACUGCCGUGGAGGAGUUUUACCGCCUGCGGGGCCUGCAGGUCACGGCUGCCUUGGCAGACACCUCCUGGCUCCCCUUCAAGGUCCGGGAGCUGCACAUGAUGAAGGGUCCAGCUGGCUAUGGGUUUCUGCUCAAAGAGGAUGACUGCAGCUCAGGGGCCACAGGCCAGUUCCUGUGGGAUGUGGAUGCAGGGCUGCCAGCUGAGCAGGCAGGGAUGAAGGAAGGGGACCGUCUCCUGGCUGUGAAUGGUGAGAGCAUUGAGGGGCUGGACCACCAGCAGACAGUGCUCAGGAUUCGUUCCCAUGACGACCAGGUGACACUGCUGGUCAUUGACCCCACUGGCGAUGAGUUCUACCAGUCGAUUGGGCUGUCCCCUCUGCUAUUCUUUGAGGAAAGUGACCCUGCCUCAGGAUCCCGCAUGCCCUCCCUGCCCUCUCCCAGCAGCUCCCCUGGACUGUGUCAUGUUGAGGUGGGACCAAAGAGACCUGGCUCCUGGCUGGUGGCUGCUGCCAACAAUAUAGGGAUCAAACAGAGCCUGCACCAGGAAGAGCAGAGAAGGCUGCACCAGGAAGAGCAGAGAAGGCUGCACCAGGCGUUCUAGCAGCCCAGGUGCACCCUGUUUCCAGCCAGGCUCCCCCAGACAGUGCCUCAACCCAGGCCAUGUCCAGUCCAUCAGUGCUCCCCAGAGAGCACAGCACUGCUCAGCAUGGUUGUCGCAUACAGAGCUGCUGUGUCUCCAUGCCCGCAAUGGGGCUCGCUGCAUCACACCUCCCAGAGACUGAUCUCCGCUGACAGAGCUGGCUCCAAGCUUUUAUUAACAUGGCAGUGGCUUCUUUUAACCUGAAGACAGACCUGUAUCUUUGCCUGCCCAGCUUCCUCCAGGGGUAUCUAGGGACACUGCACUGAAGCCCUUGACCAGCUCCAGGCUGUGGGAGCCCCAGGAGAGCCGAGGCACUGCCCUCCAUGCCAUGACCCAGGGGACUGGGGAGCCUGAGGCUUGGCUCAGCCCAGGGCUGGCCUUCAGGCUGCUGUGUGAAGGGAAAGGGAGCAGUGGAUGCCGACGGGGCACUGGAGGAACCCCGCAUCUCAGUGUGUUGGCUCAGGUUUGCACCUGCAUGGAUAUCUCUCUUGUCCUGCCUCUGAACUUGUGGGCAGUGAGUGUCUGCCCACCAUCACAGCACUUCCUGUGUCACCCAUUUGGGGUGUGAUUAAAGGACAAAUCCACACUG